AUGAGAGAACAGGAUUAUGGUUGCCAACGACCUGUGGGAUAUCGGGGAAGAAUCUUUUGUGGUCGGCAGGGAUUUAAAAUUUGGAGCUAUAGACAAGUCAAGAGGUUGCAGAUGGUGAUGACAGUGGUGGACUGGACAGUGGCGGUGGCACGAUUUGAAGCUAAAUGUGUUGAAGAAGAUGAAAGAAUUGGGCUGUUGGGACAUUUUAUGGCAUGCUUCGCAACUUUUUUUGGGGGAGUCUUGAUUGCCUUCAUAUCUAGCUGGGAAGUGUCACUUCUAGCACUAUUCGUUGUCCCAAUGAUUCUUCUAAUUGGAGCCACUUAUACAAAGAAAAUGAAUGCUAUUUCAGCAACAAGGAUGUCAUACCUGUCAGAGGCCACAGCAAUGGUAGAACAGACAUUUUCCCAUAUCAAAACUGUUUUUGCAUUUGUUGGAGAAAAUUUAGCAAUCAAAUCCUUCAUGGAAAGUAUAGAAAGACAACUGGGUAUAAGCAAGAGUGAAGCGCUUAUAAAGGGAAUAGGGACAGGAAUGUUUCAAGCUGUGACCUUCUGUUCAUGGUCUCUUAUUGUAUGGGUUGGAGCUGUUGUUGUAUCAACCAAGAGAUCAAAGGGAGGAGACGUCAUUGCAGCAGUUAUGAGCAUUCUCUUUGGAGCUAUAUCGCUCACUUAUGCUGCACCAGACAUGCAAAUCUUCAAUCAAGCAAAAGCUGCGGGAAAGGAAGUUUUUCAAGUGAUCAAAAGAAAGCCCAUGAUAUAUUCCAAGUCUCAAGGGAAGACGGUGGACCAAAUCAAUGGAAGCAUUGAUAUACAUGAUGUGCACUUCUCUUACCCUUCUCGAAAGGAAAUUAUGAUCCUUCAAGGGUUUUCACUGUCAAUCCCAGCAGGAAAGGUGGUAGCGUUUGUAGGAAGCAGUGGCUGUGGCAAGAGCACCAUCAUCUCACUGAUAACAAGAUUUUAUGAUCCCAUAAAAGGUGAAAUUCUCAUUGACAACCACAACAUCAAGGACCUUGAUUUGAAGUCCCUAAGGAGAAACAUAGGACUAGUUUCACAGGAGCCGUCCCUAUUUGCCGGCAACAUCAAAGACAACAUCAAGACAGGUAAAAUGGAUGCAGAUGAUGAUGAGAUCCAGAAAGCAGCUCAAAUGGCAAAUGCACACUCUUUUAUAUCCCAAUUUCCAGAUCAUUACUCAACAGAGGUAGUUAAGUUGCAAGUCAAAAUUUAUAAAUGUGCAAAUUAUGAAAACCUCCACCAAAACAUAGAUUAUCAAGUGUGA